GCACAUGUCUCUCACAUGGCUCUUAGUUACUGUUGGUGACUGGAGGACGACACAUGGUGCUUUGGUGUUUUGUGCAGCUAUAGGGUCGUGUCUGGGGGUCUUUCCAGAAGAGAAGUGCCUGCGAAGGACUGUACUCAACAUAAUUUAAGACUCAGCCUUCAGAAGACCUGCAUUUCCUUCAUGAGGCCUUUGGAAUGCAAAAGCUGAUUACCGCACUCUGCAAAAGCUCAGUAGGGUGGUUAUUUUUGCAAGGUUUUUAGUGUUGACUCGACAAGUUUUCCCCUACCAUUUUCAGACAAUAUCUUUGGUUCACCUUACUGCACAUAGGCCGGGGACUCUCAGCUUAUAUAUGUAAGAGGGCUACAAUAUUUUUCACCUCAAUUGCCACAACAUUGAUGGGAUCUAACAUGGGACAACUGCGGGCCUCUGCUCCACCUACAGCCCCAUAAGAAAAAGCACUAGGUCACUGAGAGGACAGCAGGAGGACCAUUAGCCCCACCCCACCAGACUGACCCCAGGCCAGUUGUUGCCAUCACUGAGAGGACAGCAGGAGCACACUUGGAGCCCCAUCACCACCACCACACUGGACUGAUCCCAGACCAGUUGUUCCCACGCGUGUUCCCGACCAGCGAGCAUGGCCUUCGGGGAGCUCUUGGACCAGGUGGGUGGCAUGGGCCGCUUCCAGAUGCUGCACGUGACCACGAUGUGCAUCCCGGUGCUCAUGAUAGCCAGCCACAACCUGCUGCAGAACUUUGUGGCUCACGUGCCACCUCACCACUGCAGCGGCCACGCCGACCUCCUCAACCACUCGCUCACCUCCCAGACGCUCACCAGGGAGGACCUGCUGAGGGUCACCGUCCCGCUGGAUGACAAGGGCAAGCCGGUCAGUUGCCAGCGCUAUGCCAUGCCGCAGUGGAGGCUAUUGAACGUGACCGACGAGGAGGAUACUGGGACCAAGGGGGAGGGGAAUGGGCCGGCGGAGCAGGUGGAGCGGGCUUUUCCAAAGUUUCCUGAGGUGGAGCUGCAGAACUGUCAAGAUGGUUGGGAAUACAGCAUGACCGCUAGGAGCUCAUCGAUUAUUAAAGAGUGGAAUCUGGUGUGUGACUUUCGGUCGGCAAAACAGACAUCACAGACGAUCUACAUGGGAGGAGUUCUCGUCGGUGCCGUGAUAUUUGGGGGACUCUCAGACAAGUUUGGAAGGCGGUACUUGGUGAUCUUCUCCUAUCUAUUGAUGGCAGUGUCGGGCACAUGUGCUGCCUUUUCCCCAUCUUUAGUCAUCUUCUGCCUCUGCCGCUUUGGAUGCGGAAUGUCCCUGUCAGGGCUGGUGCUCAACACCCUCUCUCUAGUUAUCGAGUGGAUCCCUACACGUGUGCGGACGAUUGUAGGAACGGGAACGGGUUACUGUUACACCUUCGGGCAGCUACUAUUUGCACUGCUGGCCUAUCACAUCCGAGACUGGCGCUGGCUCACCCUGACUGUGUCCCUUCCAUUCUACCUCUUCUUUAUCUAUGGAUGGUGGUUCCGGGAAUCUGCUAGGUGGCUUGUCUUAAAUCGGAAUUCAGAACAAGCUAUCAAGAACCUUCACACUGUUGCUAGGAUCAAUGGCCUCCACGCAGAAGGGAAAAAAAUUACCCUUGAGGUUUUGCAGGACUCUAUGAAGAAGGAGAUGAAGUGCUCGGAGGGAACAUACACGGUGAUCGACCUGUUCCGCACACCUGUCAUGAGGGCCAUCACCGCCUGCCUCAGUGCUGUCUGGUUCUCCACAAGCUUUGGAUAUUAUGGACUUGCCAUGGACCUGCAGAAGUUCGGGGUGGACAUUUACCUGAUUCAGGUGAUCUUCGGACUUGUGGACAUACCGGCCAAAGUCGUCGUGACAGUGUCUAUGAGUCUGAUAGGCCGUCGGCCAUCCCAGGGUGCCGCCCUCAUCUUGGCUGGCCUCUUUAUCCUCUCCAUUCUGCUGGUGCCAUUUGAAAGACAGACACUACGUACUACCCUGGCAGUGUUGGGGAAAGGCUGCUUAGCCGCUUCAUUUAACUGCUGCUACCUCUACUCCCCAGAGCUUUACCCAACUGUCAUUCGGCAGAAUGGCAUGGGUUUCGCUUCCAUGAUGGCGCGAUUAGGGGCUAUGACGGCCCCCAUGGUCCAAAUGCUGGAGGAGUUUGUCCCUUGGCUGCCGGGCUUCAUCUAUGGGGUGGUGCCCGUCAUAAGUGGUUUCACUGCCAUAUUCCUGCCCGAGACCCUUGGCUCCCCUUUGCCUGACACAGUUCAAGAUGUGGAGGAUAGGGGUUUCAGGCGAAGAAACACCAAAACCUCCACCAAGAGUGGAGAACAACAACCCACAGAGGACACAGCUAAUGCAAACCUGAAGGAUAGUGUCUAAGGAUUCAAACCACCACCAGUUUCACUGUAACAUCGCUGACACUGAUAAAGAAAGCAAUUAUGUACUGUUAAUAUUUCAUUGUUCUAUGUAUUAUUGUUACUACUGUACAUGUUGUUUGAAUCAACAUUGUAGCCUGAUAUUGUAUGCGGAUUUGUAUGUACAAUAAUCAACUUGACCAAAUGUGUAUUUGUAGCUCAACAAUUGUACAUCAAUGUCCUUCAUUUUAAAAGGUCAGACAAAGAACAAUGUUACUUUUAAGGUGCUUAAAAUGUUUCAAAGUUUUUAAACAUUCCUUAGCAAUGGAGGACACGAUCUCUGGUCCUAACUUAUUGUAAAUAUCUCUGAAAUGCAACCCAAAUUAU